AGUAGUACUUUGAUGGAGUCUUUGGGGUUUUCUAUGUACAAUAUCAUGUCAUCAUCUGGAGCGUCUUCUGUGUGGGGAUCGAGAGUGACUCCUCCUCCUGUCUCUCUCCCUCGACCAGGACCUAUCUCAGAGCCUGCAUUCUCUGUCUGGGGAAGUAGACCGGGACCACCUCCGCUCCCUCCACGGGGAGCAGCUGCGGCUGCAACCCAUUUGGAGCCCUCCUCUACCUCACACCACCUCGGAAACCACUCUCUUUUUCUUAUAUAAGAAAAUUUUCCUAUAUUUGCAUCACUAUAUGACUUUUAAAAGUGGCCUAGUUUCAUUUUUCACACUUAAAUCUACAGUGAAUUGGCUAUUGUCCUUGGAAUAAAGAGGAAUACAAUACAUUUCUUCAGGUUGGUUAACAGAUUUCCCUUGGCCUAGGUUAUAAAGUGUUCCUUAUGUUUGCUGCUGCUUUACAAUGCCCUCUCUGUCCUUGACCAACUCUUUAUAUUAAAUGUUAGCCCAUGGAAGAACCUUUCCUUUCUUUCGGUCUUUUUGUUUAUCAGUAAGAGUGUACUGUCUGGAGUACUAGCUUAAAAACCUUUGGUGUAUGUUAGGUAGGCUGCCACUUUGUUCUGUAGAAAACUUUGUCCAUUUUUGGACAUUUGUACCUCCUACUGGGUCUAUUUUGGGAAUUCAUGAAAUUUUAUAAAGGUAUUAUUUGAGAGAGGUGAUAUCUGGUGUUACCCAAGAAAAAAAUUUAAAUUUACUUGAUCACUAAACACUCAUUAGUUUUGUUUGCUACUGAAUUAAUUUAGUGUGGAGGAACUGAGGAGCAAGGAUUCAGAUGUUGUCUCUUAAUGUAAUCAGUCACACAGGAUGGACUCAGUUCUUCAAACAAGAAAUGUGAAUUACUGUCUACCAGGGAAGCUCAGUGGAGACUCAGUGCCCAGAGUGUUGCUGGGGGCUAAUUAUGUGAGCAGCAUCUGACAAAUGUAAAUUACAGAUUCUCAAAAGAACAGGAGUUUACUAUAUGCCAUAUUGUUUGCAUUAAUGCUUUAGCCAUACUGAGGCACUAUUAUUAUCUGUGAGGAUGUUGGGGUCACUAGUGAAAUUUCAGUUCCCAUAUACCAGCAAAAGACAAACUUUGUUAGACAGAGUUUGUAAAGAUAUGUAAUCUUGGCCCUGCUGAUGUUCACUGUCUUCUGCACAUUAGGUAGCAGGACUUUUUUUAUGAGUAAGCACUACAGUUUCACUGCAGAAAGAGUAAUUAGGGCUGAGCCAGAUAGUUCCUUUUACUCCCUGGGCUCACAAGAGAGGUGUUCCUAUUUUGUUGUUCUACUGAAUAGAUCAGUUUUUUGUAUUAGAAUUGAUGAGUGGGAGCCUUUUCUCUGUUCCCUACACAUAGACAUCCAUGGGUUAUUUAUCUCUUUCAGGGACCAGCAUUUAGGGGGAUUGUACCACUUGGGUUCCCUUUGCUCAAGGGAAUGGGUGGUCACGCUGCUGUUCCUACAUGGGAACUUGGAAAUGAGAGAAGUUGUGAGGAGAGGCUCUAGAGUGGCUGGUUGAGUAUCACUUGCUGCUGAAGUUAGAGAAAGGGGAUUUUAUGUUUUUGGAGGAAAGCACUGUUGGACACUACGUAUUUUAUAAUCAUAUACAAAUUUAUAAAACUCUUGUGGACUUCAGUGAACUCCCUUGGAGUCUUAACCUGUCCCUCAAGGUCAUCAAACCCUAGGUUACAGUGUUUUGAUUCUGCUGGGAAGACCUUCUCUGUGAUAUUAUCAUCUCAGUGUGUGUGCCUGUGUAUCCUAAAAACUGGUGGGAAGCAACCCUGAGGCUCAUGGGUAUAGGGAUUUGGGAGAUGUCUAAGUUGUCAUGCCUUCUUCCUCAUGUCUGAGCUGUAUCUUCCAAAUAAUUUCCUAGCCCCAUGAAAUGACACAGAGAAAAGAAGGUAAAACUGAUUGGGAUAUUUAUUUUACAAACCAAUUAUAAUUCAUUCUGCUUCACAAGAGUAUUUUCAUUCAGCCAACUGGAUCUGAAUACUUCUAAUGUUAUAGAGUCCUUUAGAAUAAUAUUGCCUACUGGAUCUUGUUCCAAGUUGGAUUCCACAGCCCUCCUGGCCUCUCAUAUUUGAUGAUUAGAAGAAAAAGCUUCCAGUUCUUCACUGUGUUUUAUUCAUUAUGAGCUCGUGCAGAUAUGAUGCUGUGCUUCAUGGAGUGAUGCAUUAUAUGGACUCAGUGGCCUUUGAGGAUGUGAGUGUGAAGUUCACCCUGGAGGAGUGGGCUUUACUGGAUUCUUCACAGAAGAAACUCUACAGAGAUGUGAUGAGGGAAACCUUCAGGAACUUGGCCUCAGUAGGAGAAAUAUGUAAAGAUCAUAACAUUGAAGAUCACUAUGAAAAUUAUGGGACAGAUUUGAGCAGUCAUAUAAUAGAGAGACUGGGUAAAAGUAAACAAGGUAGUCAGUAUGGAGAAAACUUCAACCAGAUUCCAAAUCACAAUCAGAAAAAGAAAACUUCUACUGGACUAAAACUAUGUGAAUGCAGUGUAUGUGGAGUCUUCAUGAAUCAUUCAUUCUUUAGUAGGCAUAUGAGAUCUCACAGUACACCCAAACCAUAUGAUUAUCAGGAAUAUGAAGAAAAGCCAUAUAAAUGUAAGGAAUGUGGGAAAGCCUUCAAGUAUCGCCAAUCCUUUCGAAGACAUGAAAGGAUUCACACUGGAGUGAAACCCUAUAUAUGUAAGCACUGUGGUAAAGCUUUCAGUUGUCUCAGUUACUGUAGAACUCAUGAAAUAUCUCACACAGGAGAGAAACCGUAUAAAUGUAAGCAAUGUGGUAAAGCUUUUAGUUGUCCCAGUUACUUUCGAAAACAUGAAAGAAGUCAUACUGGAGAGAAACCGUACGAAUGUAAGCAAUGUGAUAAAGCCUUCAGCUGCUUUACAUCCUUUCAAAGUCAUGAAAGGAGUCACAGUGGAGAAAAGCCCUAUGAAUGUAAAAAAUGUGGCAAAGCUUUCAGUUGUCCAAGUUACUUUCGAAAACAUAAAAGAAUUCAUACUGGAGAGAAACCCUAUGAAUGUAAGCAGUGUGGUAAAGCCUUCAGUUGUUCCAGAUCCUUUCGAAGUCAUGAAAGGAGACAUAGUGGAGAAAAGCCCUAUGAAUGUAAAAAAUGUGGUAAAGCCUUCAGUUGUCCAAGUUAUUUUCGAAAACAUGAGCGAAGUCAUACUGGAGAGAAACUCUAUGAAUGUAAGGAAUGUGGGAAGUCCUUCAGUUGUCCAAGUUACUUUAGAAAACAUGAAAGAAAUCAUACUGGAGAGAAACCCUAUGAAUGUAAGGAAUGUGGGAAAGCCUUGAGUUCUCUUACCAACUUUCGAAGACACAUGAUGAAACACACUGGAGAUGGGCCUUAUAAAUGUAAAGAGUGUGGAAAAGUGUUUGAUUGCCCAAAUUACUUUCAAUAUCAUGAAAGCACACAUAGUGGAGAAAAGCCAUAUGAAUGUAAGGAAUGCGGCAAAUCCUUCAGUACUCCCAGAUUCCUUCAAAAUCAUGAAAGAACUCAUACUAGAAAAAAGCCUCAUGAAUGUAAGGAAUGUGGUAAAGCCUUCAGUUUUCCCUGUUCCCUUCAGAAACAUAAAAGAAGUCAUACUGGGGAGAAACCCUAUGAAUGUAAGCAAUGUGGGAAAGCCUUCACUUACCUCAGUUCCAUUCAAAAACAUGAAAGAGCUCAUAGUGGAGAGAAACCCUAUGAAUGUAAGGAAUGUGGGAAAGCCUUCAUUUCUCUUUCCAAUGUUCAAAGACAUAUGAUAAAGCACACUGGAGAUGGACCUUGUAAAUGUAAGGAAUGUGGGAAAGCUUUUGAUUGUCCUAGUUCAUUGCGAACACAUGAAAGAACUCACACUGGAGAGAAACCCUAUCAGUGUAAAAAUUGUAGUAAAGCCUUUAGUCGUCCUAGUUCUUUACGAAAUCAUGAAAGAACUCAUACCUAAGAAAAAGUCUAUGAAUAUAAAGAAUGUGUGAAAGCCUUUAGUAGACAUGUAAGAAUGCACACUGGAGAGA